UAUCCCUUUUUGUUCCUUGAAAGAUAAGAAAAAACUAUAAGUAUGCAAAUUGUUAAUACGCAUGAGUGCGUGAAAGUUCAAUAAAUUUCACAAUUUUUUGACUGAAAAGUUAAUUAGUUGCAGUGAUAAAAUGGCUUGAAAAUUUGCAAUCACCGUACAAUUGGAUUAUUUUCAAAUUUGAAAAAGGAGGAAUCGCGGCGCAGGAAUCGGAAUACCUGAGAGCGUUGUGUCAACGUGAAAGUCGUCCAUCCUUGUCGCGCUCAUCGCUUUUCGCAUAUCGUCGUUCUUGUUCCUGAGGCUGCGGAGUGGCUGCGAGAGGAUGGAUCCCAGUUACAUACCUAACAACCCCCAGUUCGGGGUGCAACUCGAGUGCAAUUGGACGCCCGCCGUGCAAAACCAGAACAUCGGUUCCGUGGCCGCCGGUUCCGGCACGUGUCCUUCCAUUUCAACACAGGACGAUCUCUCUUGGACCACCGAAGACAUGGGAUCCUUUGCAUUGCCCUUGGAUUUAGAACCGUUACCAUCGUUGUUUCCUUUCUCGCCCUGCUCUAAUCCGAAUAACAUAGGUUACAAAACAGAGAAUCAGUCAAUUUUGUUGAGGGAGAACAAACAGCCAUCAGAUGUGGCCGACGUCCUUCUCUCAUUGAAACAUGCGGUGGUCCAUCCCAGUCAGCAAGAAGCGCAGCACCAACACCAGCAGCAACAGCACAUCUACCAUCCUCAGGUGCUGCUUUCACCCGGCGGCUACACCAGCACCAUAUGCGAGCAACCCUUCAGUCCCCAAGCGCCUCCCAUGUUUCCCAGUAUGUCCGUAAACGUUUCAAUGAAUAUGACCAUGCACGGAUACCAUCCAGCUGCCACGAAUUAUCCACCCAACUCGGACAUUUCGUACCCGCAUCAGGUCCAAUGGAAUUCUACGCCACAAGUGUCUACGCCUAUGAGUUGCUACCAGACGCAGGGUCUUCUGAGCCCUACAUACGGAGGAACAACGUAUUCUUUCACUGCCGAUUUCCGUCCACCGCAAGAAAACACGGCCAUUUCCACGCAGUAUAAACCGACGAAUUUCAAUGGAGUGCCGCCCCGACGGAGACACAGCAUCUUCGAGGAGGACUCGCAAAAACCUAACGUUUGCCGAAUUUGCGGUAAAAGUUAUGCGAGACCAAGCACACUGAAGACUCAUCUGAGAACGCACAGCGGAGAAAAACCAUACCGUUGCAUCGAUUGCAACAAAUCUUUUUCGCAAGCGGCGAACCUCACCGCCCAUGUGAGGACGCACAGCGGUGAGAAGCCCUUCAGGUGUCCCGUCUGCGACCGUCGCUUCUCGCAGUCCUCCUCGGUGACAACUCACAUGCGCACCCAUUCCGGCGAACGACCGUACCGAUGCAGACUCUGCAAGAAGGCCUUCUCCGACAGCAGCACCCUCACCAAACACCUACGCAUUCAUUCGGGAGAGAAGCCCUACGAGUGCAAGCUGUGUCUGCUCAGGUUCUCGCAGAGCGGCAACCUGAAUAGGCACAUGCGGGUCCACGGCACCGCCAACGGACAUCUAUCAAUGACCACGGCUCCCUGACCCAAGAAGUACUAUUCACAUCAACCAUUCUAGUCACCAGUAUAUAUACAUACACACACACAGAGACAGACGUUCGAGCGGAGAGAUAUAUAACAGACGAUAAGAUAUGAAUACAUCGAAAUAUACGAACUGUCACCGUAAGAAGUGUCAGACAUGUUUUCCUGUUUCCUUUGAUCUAGUCCA